CUUCUCCCUCUUCACUCUCACAGCUUCACAUUCUCUCUCGAGCUCUUAGGGUUUUCAGAACCGAGCCGAGAGGAAAUAUGGAGAAUGAUCCAGACCCGGAAAUGGAUGAGUUGGAGGCGAGGCAGAGGAGCCUAGGCAGAGCCUUCGACUCCUUGAAUGUCCAAGCUUCUUCAGUCCUGUUGUUCACCGCGCAGUGGAAGGAGCUCGAGGACCAUUUUGAGUCGUCCCGGAAGGAGCUCCGGACCCGGUUGGCGGAGCUGGAGGAGCGCGUGAAGCUAGUCGCGGAGGUGGAGGCUAGGGCGGUGAGGUUGAAGACGGAAAUGGAGGCUAAAGCUAAGGACUUGGGGGAAAUGGAGGAGGUGGUGGAGCAGAAGCGGCGAGAGGUUGAAGAAGGUAAUAGGCAGUUGUGUUGUAUUAACUUGUUGAUUGAAGAAAACAGAGAAGAGCUUAGAGUUUGUGAGAGUCAGUGUUCUCAUUUUGAUAGAUUGGUUAAGGAGAGGUCUAGGAAGUUGAAUUGGGUUGAGAAAAGAGUAGAGGAGAAGUUGAAUCGGGUUGAGGUGGAAGAGAGGAAGUUAGAUGAGAUUAGGGGGUUGAUUGAGGAGAAAAGGAGAGAACUUGAAGAGUGUAAGGGUGAGUUGGAGUUGAAAGAGGAGAGAUUAAGGUUGGUGGAGAAAUCGAUUGUGAAUUGCGAUAAGAUACUUGAUUUGAAGGAGAAAUUGGUUAGUGUAGUGGAUUUGAAGGUGAAAGAUUUCUGCUUGCUGGAGAAAUCGAUGGAGGAGUGGUCAUGUAAGCUUGAAAUGAAGGAGAGGGAGCUCGAAGGAUGUGUUACUAAGAUAGAAGCAAAAGAGGGACAAGUUGAUAGAAAGAUUGAGGAGCUGAAUUUGGUUCAUAGCAAGUUCCUUGAUGAGGUUCAGUUGAAGGAGAAACAUCUCGGUUCACUUGAAGAAUCGGUACUAGAGCGCGAGAAGGAUUUGCUUUUCUCAGUCCAGAAGUUAGUACAAGAGUGUUGCCAGGGAAGUGAGUUCACUAGGGAUGGAAGAGGAAUAGAGCAGUUCAUGGAUGAGCAUUUGAUGAGAAUUGAUUCCAUGUGUAUCGAACUGUCAGCGAUUCUUAAAGAGUCCUCAGACCCGGCGAAAUUGGUUUUGGAUGCAAUGCAGGGGUUCUAUCCGGACAACAGGGAGUUACAUUUUGAUUUGAUGGUUAGGAGAAGAGGUUGUUGUCUUUUGUUAAAGGAGUUGAAGACAAUCUCCCCACAAAUUAGUCCUCAGGUGAGAGAGGAGGCAACAAAACUGGCUGCUAAUUGGAAGGCCAAGAUGACAGUGGCUAGUGACAAUGACUUGGAGGUUCUGGGCUUCUUGAGGCUCGUUGCUGCUUAUGAUUUGGCUUCUAUUUACGAUGCCAAGGAGCUUAAAGGGCUUCUUUCUAGUGUUUCUAAUGGUCAGCAAGCAGCUCAUAUAGGCCAGGCCCUUGGUUUUGCUGCACCUGCAUCUCUUCAAAGUUCGCUAGAACCUGCAAAACUCGUGUUGGAUUGGAUGCAAACUGAUUUAUCACAAUACUGGACAAAAGGUGAUGUUUGGCUCGAAGCAACUUCAAUCAAAACCUGCAUUUUUGUAUUACAGCAGCUAAUGAGAGUCGUCCCCCAUGUCGGACAACAUGUGAAAGAGGAUGCAAUGAAGUUGGCAGUCCAAUGGAAAGCAAAAUUGAGAGCUAAUGCUGAAAAUGCCUGGGAGAUUUUGGGCUUUUUGCACUUUAUAGCUGCAUACGGGUUGAUUUUUACUUUAAAUGUUGAUGACAUUGUAACGCUUCUUGGGAUGAUUGCUCAGCAUAAACAGGCUCUAGAAUUCUGUUGGAAACUUCCUUCUGAAGAUAAGAUCCCUGGAGAGUUUAUCCACUGUCUUGUUGAAAGGAAGCAGCUGAUGGAGGCCAUUGGAUUGAUUUGUACCUUCAAAUUAAUUAACAGUAUUCCCCCAGUGCCACUCUUAAAAGAAUACGUGAAGGAAAAGAUGAAGUGUUGCAGAGAUGGUAACACAAAAGAGAAAUUACAUGAUGAAAAGGUUAAGGUUGUGGACCAGCACAUAACUGAUCUAAGAGCGGUCAUUAACCUCAUCAAAGACUACAACCUGGAAUCGGAAUAUCCAUCUUCGAAUGUUGAAAUGGAAAUAACUCAACUGGAGAAAGUAAAGGAGAAAUGGAGAAUAGUUCAGUCAGGGAAUGUGGAUAAAGAGCAGAAAAGAGGAACCAAACGUCGUAGCAGCACUCCCCCCACUAAACUCGAACCACAACAGCAGCCCAAUAAAUCUCAUCGGACAGCUGUAAUAUCUCCUAGGCCUCAUCCAUUGCAACUUUACACCCCGGUGUAUCUGCAGCCAAAUGCUUCACCUUUGCUGUUACACUCCAGGCAGUUUGGCACCAUUCAGAAUGCUGGAAUACUCCCAAGUCCUAGUUAUGCUGGAAUACUCCACCCAAGUCCUAGUUAUCGUCCUAAUCUACCCCCAUGGAACCACCUCCCCAACUUUGGUAGUGCCUUCUUUCCUUUCUGAGCUGAUAUCAUAUUACUUUUGUUCAUAUAUCCGUUUUGGAGAACACUUAUUGGAGUGAAUGUAUUUCAGAACCCUUGACAUAGAUGGAUCAAUACUAGCUAAUUAAACUGUGUGUUGGGAAGUUUAAUAUACAUGUUUGCUGUUAUAGGAUUC